GGGGCGUACGCCAGUUGCAGCGUGAAGCAGCGAACGUACACGGAACGCAGUAGCAGCCGCCGCUUCGUUCGUGAGUGUGACGUGUGAAAGUGAGCGUUGGCGGUAUCAUUUACAGAAACAAAUAUUCGGUGCUCACAGAUGUCUGAAUAAGGAUCUAUAAACUAAGUCAUCUGAUGUAUAUAAUUAACGCCUUCGGCAUGAAUUAAAUCGCCGUUUCGUUAUCGCAUUGAUAAUUAUGUAUAAUUAGGAACUCCGCCCAUAAGUUUUUAUGAGUUAGAACUUUUUAACUUGCCCGUCUCCGUGUGCCAGGAUCACCAACCUUUCAACAUAAAAGAGAGACUUUUGCCAUCUACCUGCUUAUUUCUAACAUCCUGAAGGAAAUUAAAUUCUUUUGUACAGUCGAAAGGAGAUUGAAGCAUUAGUACUUAGGAGAACUUUCAGUUUGGCAGUCUGAAGUUAUUGUUCUUAUAUUCUUAAUGGAUCUAUGAAAUAAAACAGAGAUUAUUAAGGAAUUCUAAGAUCAUUUCGAAAGUAUUAAAAUAGCAGAUUAUGAAGUGUUUUGUACAAAUAUGACUUAAAAAUAUAGAACGAUGGUGUUAUAGAAACAAGUCAGUUUUCCCAGUUGUUUUCUUUUAUAAAAUUAGAAUAGAGGCUCUCCAAGAGUUUGACACGAAUAUAUGUCCUGUGAAAAUUAAUUUUAUAAUGAAUCAAAAGAAAUUUACAAAGUUCCAGAGAAAAGGUGCUUUAAACUGUGUUCGUAAAAUAAUUACUAUAACGGACGAAAUUAGAGUGACAGCGUGUGUCAAAGUACCCAUUCAAAACGACACGAUGUGAACCUAAGUGACUGUUAUUGCAGGAAAAGUAUAUAUUCCGGAAGAAAAUAUUGAUACAGUUCUUCAUACGAGGACACGUAAUUAUAAAUACUUGCAAAGAAAAAAUUCUUUGUGUUAACAGAAAGAAAUAUAAGAUGGAAUCAUUAAAACAUACAUCGAAACAGGACGUAAUUCUGAAGUUGAUUGCCAUUUCUUUAACAGAUAGAACAAAUAUUAAUCCGAAUAAGAAAUGUGUUUUCUAAAAAAAAAUCUCGUCAACAUAUUCUUACACUUUUACAGAUGAGGAAUAAUAAAAAAAAUCGUGAAGUGUCCUUCGUUUAAAGUUGAAACCCGUGCGCUGGACACAACGAUCAUCGUAGCGGCUGUCUGUGCUGGAGGACUUGGGCAAGACAACAGCAACAGUACGGCUGCUUACUUGUACCCCAACUUCUCGGGGGUUGAGGGGGUGGGGAACGGGAGCACAGGGGCUGAGGUGCCUGUGAUCCCUGGGUACAUCAGGAUUACAUCCAUGGUAUUCUGCGUCGUAAUCCUGGGCAUCGGAGUGGCCGGCAACAUCAUGGUACCCAUAGUGAUCCUCAAGACGAAGGAUAUGCGUAAUUCUACGAACAUCUUCCUGAUGAACCUGAGCGUGGCAGAUCUCAUGGUACUCCUGGUCUGCACGCCGACCGUUCUGGUGGAAGUGAACACCAAACCUGAGACCUGGGUGCUGGGCGAGGAAAUGUGUAAGAUUGUGCCGUUUGUGGAGCUGACCGUUGCGCAUGCGUCGGUGCUUACCAUCUUGGCGAUCAGCUUUGAGCGUUACUACGCGAUAUGCGAGCCCCUGAAAGCAAGCUACGUGUGCACCAAGGCGCGGGCUCUUAUCAUCUGCCUCCUCGCUUGGCUCUUCGCUGCACUCUUCACCAGUCCCAUCCUUUUGAUCGCCCAAUAUGACGAACAUAGAGAGUACAUGGACGGCUCCCUUGUACCCGCCUGUCUCACAGAGGUCAACACGUUCUGGUCCACUUUCUUCUUCAUCAUGACUAUAUCUAUGUUCUUCCUUCUGCCUCUGCUGGUACUGGUCGUACUAUACGCCGUUAUGGCCCGCCACCUGAUGGCCGACCCAGUCACCUCGGCCGUCAAGGACUUGGAAAGCACUAACACUCGUGCCAGAAAACAAGUAGUUCUCAUGCUUGGCACUGUCGUACUCUCCUUCUUCAUCUGCCUCAUCCCCUUCAGAGUUUUCACUCUCUGGUUCAUAUUCGUCUCAGCAGAACAGGUGCAUAGUCUGGGUGUGGAAGGCUACUACAAUAUCCUGUACUUCUGUCGGACCAUGCUGUACCUCAACUCGGCCAUAAACCCGAUCCUGUACAACCUCAUGUCCUCCAAAUUCCGCGAUGGAUUCAUGCGAUUCUGUGGACUCCGGCGCAGAGACGCUGUUCUUCUGAGGAGAGGCACGACUUUGACGUCCGUGUAUUCGAGCACCAGGAGGUGUAAUAGUUCCGGGAUGGCCCAGAGGAGUAGCCGUAACUCCUCGUGGAGGAGAGCAUCCAGCCCAAUCCUCGGGGUGGCCGACUACCACCACGAGCUGUAUGUGGACGGAACCAGAGUGGCCGUCUGCCUCACUCAGGCCGACACCUUCUGGACAGCCCUGUUUUUCAUCAUGAGCAUUGCUCUCUUCUUCGCUUUGCCGCUCGUCAUUCUAGUGGCGCUGUAUACCAUCAUCGCCCGCCACCUCAUGGCACACCCAGGCAUCAUAGCGCCACCCUGCAGGAACUGGAGUCACAACUCCGGGACCCAACACAGCGCAAUCCGGUACCGAAAGCAAGUAGUACUGAUGCUAGGUACCGUGGUUCUGUCCUUCUUCGUGUGCCUGAUGCCCUUCCGAGCCCUUACCCUUUGGAUCAUCGUGGCACCGCAAGAAGCCGUAUUCUCUCUCGACAUUGAGACCUACUACAACCUACUCUACUUCUGCAGAGUCAUGAUCUAUAUAAAUUCCGCCAUCAACCCUAUUCUCUACAACCUCAUGUCCUCCAAAUUCCGUGACGGUUUCAUGCGGCUCUGUGGACUCAGGAACAAUACUCGUCAAGAUUUGUACCUCGACCGGAAAGGAACCUUCAAUAUGACUUCCUCAACCACAACCACUAACUGCUCCAGUGGUCUACAAGACUCCUUCUGGAGGAGAUCCGUGAGGAUAGCACUUCAGGAAAACAGCAGAUUUAGGAGAACACAGUCGACUCACUGCGGGGACAGCAACGAGAAUAAGAACGCUAAUUGCAUUUUGUUGAGAAGUAAAUCUCAUUUGGCGCACAGUGCCACGGUGAGAACAGUGGAGGAGGAAGAAGGACGCAGACAGAAUGAGGAAAGCUACGUCUGAAAAUGCAAGAACAAGCAAUAUUCAUUAUAGGAAUCAUAUACCCAUGUUUUCAGAUCAAUACACUUUGAAAGUCUGAGGCAUGCUUGCCUCAGUUGGUUAGUCUGACACAUUUGAGGAUGUUCAGACGUGAACACGCAGUUAUGCUGCAAAAUAUAUUGAAAAGUAACAGAAUAAUAUAGGAGAAGGUAAGCUUUUCCUUGUGCUUAAUUAAGUACCGCGUCAUGAAGGCGUAUGGGAAAGUGGCCAUAUAGCUCCAUGCAUUAUUAACCUCGACAUUUGAUGAAGGUGAGUGGUCAGCGUUACACUGUGAUUGCUUUACCGCUGGGAAAAUAACAAAUUCCACUGCAUAGAAGAUUGAGUGAGUGUGAGAGCCGGUAUGGAAGCUGUGAAAAUGAGAAUAACAUCUUCCCCUUGUCGGGAAUCAAACCCCGACUCCUGCAACCUAAUGAGCAUAGGCUACCGACUGAGCUAUCGCGAAUAGAUUAGUAAAGAAAGCAACAAACCUGAGAAAAGCAGAUAUGAUAAGGAAGAUAGGAAUGAUGACAAUAAGAAAAAGGCCAAGGAAGAGGAGUAGUAGAAUAUGGAAUUGUAGAAGGGGAAGGAAAUAAUAAGAUAAAACAUGUAGAAGGAAAAGACAAAAAAAAAACUACGUGGCUUGAGUCCGCAAACGAACUAUAUUGACCUAGCGACUGCCGCUUGUCAGCGAAGUGAGUGCCAAGUAGAAGGAAAAGAAAAUAAGGUAACAAAAUUAUUGCCUUCUUUUCACAUUGAAAUGUGACCUAUUCCCACCGCUCUCAUCUGUAAUUUAUUCAGAAUCAAGAUUCAAUGUUAAUCCAUGGGUCUUAGAUUCAAACCGAAACAAGAUCACAUUUCCUGCGUAUGCUGUAAUUAAAAAAUGUGGCACUGUGCCUUGUGUACUGUGACACACAAAAUGUUAAAGCCUAAAAACUGGCUAAAUGUUGUGUAACCUGUUAAUGUAAAUAUGCAUUGUAUUUGUACCAUGAUAAGCCUAUAUGUUGACAGAAGAUACUGCUGAGGAGUACACGAAUACUGACAACUUGAAAUAUAUGGCAUCGUAGCAGAUCUGGUUCUAAAAAUGCACCUUAUUUGUCUAGCGAUGUUUCUGUUUUGUGCAGAUCCAUGCUCUUCUCUCUGAACACAGUAUUUCCUACUUGCUAAUUUGUGCAAUCUUUCUUUUAUUCUUGACACCUUCUAAUACCUGAUUCAGCCAUUUGUUAUAGAUAAUUCAAUAUCUUUUCCUUCCUUCAAAAUUUAUUUUUAAUGCCUUCCCCAGUACCCUUGUUCUGUCUAUUCUUUGCACAUGACCAAACUAUUACAAUCAUCACUUCUAAUUGUAUUAAUUAGUUUUGGAUUCCAAUUUGGUUUCCAAAAACAUAGUUUUAAUUCAAUUCCUUCUUUAUUUUCCUUCAGUAUUUCUAAAAAAUUUCAUAUUGUUUACUUGAAUUUUGUUUAUUGCUUCUCUUGGUUCAUUUUUUGGCCUUAAAUGCCUGAAUUAUUUUAAAAUGUGCUUUAUAGAGUGCUGUUUCUUCUCCUUUUUUUGGAUCUCUCGCUCCAUAAUAUUAUUUGUGUAAUUUAUUAGAAAGCAGAAAUAUUUCUUACUAUUCUACUGAUCUUUCCAUCUACUUUCUCAAUUGAAUUUAUUUCACUUCACAAAUAAAUAAAUAAAUAUGUUCAUCUAUGUAAGA